CUCAAUUAUUUAAAUUUAAUAAUAGAAAGGUUUGUAGAUCGAUCAUAAACUGAUAUGUUUAGCCGAAAGAAUACUUUCGGAAGCAUUCGGCUGGCUUCGGCAUUCCACGAACAGUGUAAUCAAAGUGAUCUUGGCCCACUUGUUGUUCAGACGUGACACGCUAAGUUCAACCUAAGAUUUUCAUACACAUAAAAAAAAAAAAAAAAAUUAUAUCAAAUAAUACAAUUACAUACCAUAUGUACAAAAAUGUUUAACUAAAAAUAAAACUGUUACCCUUAUCAUUACAAUGGAAUAUUUGCAAUCAUUUAAUAGUUAACAGUAACGAUGUCAGUGAACCAGAUGUAUUAAUUUGAAAUCACACAACAGAUGAUUUAGUGAUAAGUAGUGAUAAUGACAAAUGUUCUGUACUGAGACAACAUGUCGUUGGAAUUGCAGAUUCAAGAGCUCUCCUUGGAGCUCCGCAAUCUCAGCACUUACCAACUGGAGAGCUACAAGGAAAUCACCGAAAGUGCGGCGAUGCAUCUCUACGAGACCAACAUCUACUGGAAGGAGUUGAUCGAAGAGUACCAGAGCUCCUGGGACAGCCUGGAUACACUAGCAAAGAUGGAAACAAAGAACAAAGCUAGCUGGAUCAAGCUCACAGACUACAUGUAUGUCGAGGGGGUGAUGGCCGGAAAGAAGAAAGUUUUGGUGGACAUCGGCGGCGAAUAUUUCGUCUAUAUGACCAUACCGAACGCGAAGGACUUCUUCGAAAGGAGAGGAGCGUAUGGAAUGGAAAUGAUGGAAUUCUACGAAGACCUAUUCUACAAGAAGAGGUUGGUCUAUUCCGCCAUCGACGAGGCAUUGAAGAGGAAAUUGAAAGUGAAAUUGGCAAAAAUCGGUAAGAUGCGAGAACAGAUCACCGAUGAAUGAUUAUGCAUUUAAUAUAUCAUGA